UGGAGCCGGGGGGGCGCCCUGCGGCCUGGAGGGUGGACCCCGGUGUCGGGUGUUAGGGGAGAUCGGGACGCUGGGAGGCAGACUCGGAGGGGCCAAGCUGCGCGUCUCACACCAGCUGGCGGUUGCACACUCCCCACCCCCAAGUGAACGCCUGCACUCCAAAGCGACCCGCAUAACUGGGGCGCGGCGGUGAACCCCCUGCACCAGGACCUCCCAUUGCAAGGGCGCGGGGUUUGUGGGCUCACGGACCCCGCGAGCUCGGAAUUGGAAAGCCCCACCCUUUUUGAGGGCGACGCCUGCAGGAGACUCGGGUGGCAGGGAGCUCGGGGCGCUGGGGGGGGGGGGCUGACUCUGAGGGUCGCCUUGUGGCUCACACAAGCUAGCGGUUGGACACACCCCUCCCGCAAGCGAGCCCCUGUACCCAGAGCGUCGUGCGUAACUGGGGCGCAGUGGUGAGUCCCCUGUUCCCGGGACCUUCCCAGACCUCCCUUUGCAAAGGAGCGGGGCUUGGGGGCUCGGGGCCCCCUCGAGCAAGCCAGGGAGCUUCGUUUCCCAAGAGGGCGCCUCCUGUAGGGUCCCGAGGGCUCGGAGCUCGGAGCUCGGGGCUCUGGGCGCCUGGGUCUAAGGGGCCCAGCUGCACAUCUCACACCAUUUGGCGGCUGCAGCCUCCACUCCCAAAGCGAGCUUCUGCACCCAGACGCUGCUCCCAUAACGCGUGGGAGGGGGUGGAGGUGAGCCCUCUGGGCCCGAGACCUCUCCCUUGCAAGGGAGCGGGGUUUAGGGGUUCGGGGCCAGGGAGCCCCACCCUAAAAGAGAGCUCUGACUGUAGGGCCUCGAGGGCGGUGCACUGAGCCAUGCGCUCAGAGAAGGCACUGGCCCUGGGGGCGCCAGGGGAGGCACCGGGCCCUGAGGCUGAGCGGGAAGCUGGGGGCGACUUCCCGGAGGCGGGGGGCGGCGGCUGCUGCAGCAGCGAGCGGCUGGUCAUCAACAUCUCCGGGCUGCGCUUCGAGACUCAGCUGCGCACCCUGGCGCUGUUCCCCGACACGCUGCUGGGGGACCCCGGGCGCCGCGUCCGCUUUUUCGACCCCCUCCGCAACGAGUACUUCUUCGACCGCAAUCGGCCGAGCUUUGACGCCAUCCUGUACUACUACCAGUCGGGGGGCCGGCUGCGCAGGCCGGUCAACGUGCCUCUGGACAUCUUCCUGGAGGAGAUCCGCUUCUACCAGCUGGGCGACGAGGCCCUGGCGGCCUUCCGGGAGGACGAGGGCUGUCUGCCUGAAGGCGGGGACGAGGAGAAGCCGCUGCCUGCACAGCCCUUCCAGCGCCAGGUGUGGCUGCUCUUCGAGUACCCCGAGAGCUCGGGGCCUGCCCGGGCCAUUGCCAUCGUGUCGGUGCUGGUCAUCCUCAUCUCCAUAGUCAUCUUCUGCCUGGAGACGCUGCCCCAGUUCCGUGCGGAUGGCCGGGGUGGCAACGGAGGCGGUGGGAGCCGGAGCUCACCCGUUUCCGGGGGGACCCAGGAGGAGGAGGAGGAUGAGGACGAUGCCUAUGGAUUGCAUCCAGGCCUCUCAGGAGGCGGGGGCGUGGUGACUGGAGGCUCUCCCUCGCUUAGCACCCUCGGGGGCUCCUUCUUCACUGAUCCCUUCUUCCUGGUGGAGACGCUGUGCAUCGUCUGGUUCACCUUCGAGCUGCUGGUGCGCUUCUCCGCCUGCCCCAGCAAGCCUGCCUUUUUCCGAAACAUCAUGAACAUCAUCGACCUGGUGGCCAUCUUCCCCUACUUCAUCACGCUGGGCACUGAGCUGGUGCAGCAGCAGGAGCAACAGUCCACCAGCGGAGGGGGAGGCCAGAACGGGCAGCAGGCCAUGUCGCUAGCCAUCCUCAGGGUCAUCCGGUUGGUAAGGGUCUUCCGCAUCUUCAAGCUGUCGCGCCACUCCAAGGGGCUGCAGAUCCUGGGCAAGACGCUGCAGGCCUCCAUGCGGGAGCUGGGGCUGCUUAUCUUCUUCCUCUUCAUCGGGGUCAUCCUCUUCUCCAGCGCUGUCUACUUUGCCGAGGCAGAUGAUGAAGAUUCCCUCUUCCCCAGCAUCCCUGAUGCCUUCUGGUGGGCCGUGGUCACCAUGACCACCGUGGGCUAUGGAGACAUGUACCCCAUGACGGUAGGAGGCAAGAUUGUGGGGUCGUUGUGCGCCAUUGCGGGCGUCCUCACCAUCGCCCUGCCGGUGCCCGUCAUCGUGUCCAACUUCAACUACUUCUACCACCGGGAGACGGAGCAGGAGGAGCAGGGUCAGUACACCCAUGUCACCUGCGGGCAGCCCACGCCGGACCUGAAGGCUACUGACGGUGGACUUGGCAAACCCGAACUCUCGGAGGCCCCAAGGGAGCGGAGGCCCAGCUACCUGUCUACCCCACAUCGGGUUUAUGCGGAGAAAAGGAUGCUGACAGAGGUGUGACCGCCAGAGACAGGCCAGAACAUGCAAGCCAAUUUUUCAAGGGUCCUUCUCAUUCUCUACCACUUUCCCCACAAACGCCAGCUGACUCCCCAGGACUCCCUCCCCUGUACCUGGCAAGUGGUAUCAGGGACCAAAGGCCUGGACUGUCAGCCCUGCUGCAUUCACUUUUGCACCAUUUAAAUGACAUUCUUGAGAUUCUGACGGUGCCACUUCUUUUCAUGCCCGUCUUCAGUCGUAUGGACCAGAUCUCCAUCUGACAUCCCCUCGAGACUCUUUAUCACAUCUGGGACUUGGAACAGCACCAAGAACAGAGCUGCCACAGGAUGGGGACCAGGCCUGCCUGGGUCCUGUUUCUCCCUGACUAUCCUUUGCUUUGGGGCAUGCGUCAGUCUUAGCUUCUGGCCACCCUGUAACUAACAUAAGCCAGAGUACAGAAUCAAUUCUCAUCUUGCUAUCUCU